AUGGCGCGGGCAAUAAAAGGUGAACGAUUUUUAGACCCACUAGGAGUAGGAGGUGGUGGAAUUAAAGGAGGAGGUGUUGCUAAAGUGCAGGGAGAUGCUCGUCUUAAGAUCAUCCAGGCCAGCCGGAGUAAAACCAUUGAUGCAAGGGAUAAGCUGGGCCUGUUGGCCAAACAGACGGACGCUCGUCAGAAGUUGCUCAAGUUAAAGGACAGGAAAGAAGGGAAAAUGGAAGUGAAAACUUUAGGCAGCAAUAUUACAAUGACGAAGAAGUUUGAUGGGAAAAUUCUGCUGACCACAAACAAAAACAAAAACAAGGCACCAAAGGUAGAUGAAGCUAAGCAGGUUCGCCAGGUCGGUCAGUUUAUGAAAACUGUGACGGGGUCAGGGAAGGUCAGCCUUUCAUCUUCAAACUCACAAUCAGGUGGUGGAAUGAGAUCCAAGUCUAAUGGAUCCAGGGGAUCAGCACAAUCCAGAGAAAACCAGGUUUCACACGGAGGCAGAGGUAGGAUGACUGAACAGGAGAGACUCGACGAGGAACUGAUGUCGGCCAAUGUUAGCAAAGAGGACAUAAUUAGAAUUCGGGAUUACAGAAAUUCAAAACUAACUGACAGAAGCUCUAACAGAUCUCGUUCCCCUCUCAGUGCACGAUCCCGCUCUCCACUACGAUCCCGCUCCCCGUUACGAUCCCGCUCCCCGUUAAGAUCUCGCUCCCCUCACCGGUCCCGCUCUCCUCUGAGAUUAGGCGGGAAGGAAGAUUGGCGACGACGGGAAGAAAGUCCGCCGCGACGUGGUCGAGGAAGAUUCGAUUAUGAUGAGCCGAGGGAGAGUAGAGACGAGGAGAUGCUACGUCAAAGAAGCAAGAAUAUAGAUUACGAUGAAGGAAUUACUCUUGGAGGAAGAUUAGAGCAGGGCAGUACAGUCUCCCCUCUCCAGGGAUCUAAGAUUGUAAUCAAGAAUCUACAUGUGCGGGUAUCUCAGGAGGAUAUUGUAGAACUAUUUGGAGAUGUCGGACCUCUGAGGAGAGCCAAGUUAAUUGCUCCUGGCCAUGCAGAAGUUACAUUUGUAAAUCACAAUCAUGCAGUUAAAGCGGUGGAAAUCUACCAUAACAGGCAGCUGGACGGGAAACCUAUGAAAUGUCAACUGAUGGGUGCCGGCAGUGCUCCAAUAAGUACUGGAACUGGCGUUAAACUGCCGCCUUCUCUCAUAGGAAAAUCUAAAUCUGAUGGUCUAGGACCCGCUCCUGAUGUAGAAUCUAUACACAGGGCAUUGUUCUUUAACAAGAAGUCGAGCAGCAAGAAGCCCUCGUUCACGAUCACGAUGCCCAAGAAGGGGAAAGGAGAGUCCGAUUUCUACGACUAGGACACAUACAAACCAAGAGUGGAUUUUUUUGAUAGAACUGUUUCAAAAGUUAUAAUUUUGGUAUUAAAAGAUUUCUGUUUUGGAGAUCUCAAGCUGCCCGAAGUAUACCUCAUAGUUUAAACAAUACGUUUUUUUUGUAAAUUUUCAGUGCUGAAGCAAUAAUUGACAAUAUUAUCUUUUCGGAUUUUUUUUUAAUUAAAAAAAAAUUAUUAAAUUAUUAUUUUAGAUUAGUUUAAUCUCGAACUUUAUGAUUAUUUCAUGCAAAAAAAUCCAAUUAAAGAUCAAUGUUCAAGGACGUACAGCUACCAAAACAUUUAAACAUUGAUUUUUGUUUUAACUGAAGUACUGUAGCAAUAUGUUGGAACUUAAUUAUAAGGCAAAGAAUUCCCAAAUAUUAACGACAAACUGUUUUUUCCCGGCUAUGCACUGUAUUAGUAUUUUAGUGCCACAUUUUUUCAAGAACCUAAGAGUACUAUCCUGGCUUUGUAUGUACUACAUGAAGUACAUUGUUACUAAAUUGAGGUUUUGCAGCUUUUGUUUGAUUUCUCUCACUUUAAAUAGUUCUGAAUUUUUACGUUUAUACUGAAAAAAGUAGAUACAGGUUUAACGAAUAGUUGAAUUUAAACCAGAAA